AUGACCUUACACUUUGCGAGAGAGGAGAGCGCCGGCGAUGAGAGACCGGUUAUGUCGAAGACUAGAAGAGAGAAAGUGGUUGAGGAGACGCUGGAGAUCGAGCCGUUCACUAAUGAGAAGCGUUUGGCCAAUGAGUUCAGAAUUGACCGCUAUUUAGGCGCCGGAAGUUUUGGUGUCGUUCUCGAAGGCCGUCACAAAAUUGAUUACAAACAAUACGCUAUUAAACUCAUUUAUAUCUUCCAUGAAAACGAGGACAGCGCUGAUGCGGUGCGCGAAGAGUUUAACCGCGGGAUUAGAGAAAUCCGGGUUUGGGCUAAAGUACAGGACACGACAUGCGUUCAGUAUAGGAGCGCGUGGCUCGAGACCAGCGCUGAGGCCAGAAAGCGGUUCGUCCAGUACUUGGAACAGACGGACAGUUGGGUCCGCAAACAAUACGCGGAACAGUUGAACAGAAAACACUUCGCCAUUCUUCACAUUCAAAUGGAUUUGUGUUGGUAUUCAUUAAAACGUGUGUUGAUUCAAGUGCUCGAGUACUUUGAAAUGAUGAAUUGUCGCGAAUUCCUGCCACCGCUCGGCCACUAUAUCGGCGCCGAACUGUUAGCCGAAAUAGCGGACGCGUUGGGGCGACUGCACGGCGCGGGUGUCAUUCACCGCGAUAUUAAACCCGAUAAUAUACUGAUCCGCUACGACACCGACCGCCGGUUCGUACGGAUGGGUGACUUCGGACUCGCUGUCGAGCAUUUGCACGAUUCUCAUACACACACUCGUGGGGCCGGCGCUGAUCGAUAUAUGGCUCCGGAGGUGAAAAAUAGCCGCAAAUACAACCAAAAGGCCGAUAUGUAUAGCAUAGUAGAUUUCUAUGAGAUAACCGAAUAAAUAUCAGCAAUAAAUAGAACUAAUUGUUGUCAAAAACAUUUUAAAUUCUCAAAAUAAUAAUAGUGAGAGUAUUCUAACAAUAGUAUUGAAAAAUUAAAAAUCUUUGAUGCAUUUCCCGAAUUGUGGUUAACGUAUAGCAUCGCUGUGUGAUCC